UUUUCUAUUAUUAUUCCAAUGAUUUUGUAAUCUUUUUCCGGAAUCUAAAAAUACGAUUUUGUGUGGAUUGCUUAUCUAGCGCCAUAUUGUAUUAUCGAUAGUAAAUAAUGAUGUACAAACUUAGGAUUUAUUGAAAGUAGAUCUGACUGACAUACAUAUUCCUGGAGGAUUCGAUACAAUCGAUCAUGUGAGCCAUUAUAAGGAACCAUUAUAAGGCACAUAAGGAUGAAGAAUGGCGAUGUAUAAAUAAAAGAAAAUCCGUUUGGCCAGAAUGUAAAACUGAAAAUUUGAUCGAAAUUAUGAAUUUAAUGAAAUGUUUUAAUUCGUCGGGGAUAUUUACACGUGAUUUUAUCGGCUGAAUUUAUUAUUCGAACCAGAUAAAUAUGUAUUUUCAUCCGAGUGUAACGUAUCUAUAGUACUUAUCAGCGAGAGCGAUCAAAGUUUGUUCGUUUCAUUCUAGUCUGUAGGUACGAACAGUCAUAAUGUCAUCGUUAGGCAACUAUCAAAUUGUACUCAUAGUGCUUCUGCUUCUGAACUUUAUCUUUUGGAUUUUGGUCAUUUGUUGGAGAAUAUUGCUUAACAAAAACGAAUUUCGGCUUUCGUCCAGGAGACCAACGGGGAACGACAAUCGCAGUUUCACGCACCCAAACGAAGAUGUAAACCAAACAGACCCACAAAGUUAUCCAUAUUCUGUCAGCUACAAUGUGGAAGAAGAUCUUCCACCUUCUUAUGAAGAAGCCCUCAAACUUCCUAAAACCACGGUCCUUCCAUUCGGCCAAUUAACUGUUCCUUCUCAUUCGAACACUCAGAACAAUCCGGCACUCAGGACAUCUUGAAACAUCAGAUUUGGUACAGUGCAUGCCUUGGAUAAAUUAUCUGAAAGACUAUAACGCGAUUGAGGAUAGAGAAAUCAAAUUCAUACAUUUAGAUAUUAAGAUUAUUUGAUAUUAAUUAAAAGUAACAAACAGAUGAUUUCGCUUCUCAGAAAUUAGUUAUUUAAUGUUUUUGAAUUUUUCCAUUGAAAACUUUAAUGUAAUCUUUUCAAAGAGUUUGCUUAAAGCAAUCGUUUUCCUCAAAAACUGUAAUUUAUUAUAUUUUAAAAAGUUCAUUGAAAGGAGAAAAAUGAUGCACUUAAUAAUAUUUUUAAAUUUAAUAAGUUUCUUGUCAUCCAUUUUUGAAUAAUUUCAUUCUAUAAAGGUAUUUGAUUUUUACUAAUAAGUGCAAAAAACUACAGAGCGUAAUGUAACAAUAUGCUAGUUUUCAUUUUAUUAAGGCUGAAAUAGAAAGUUACAGACAGUAUGUACUAUACACAUGAGUAUUGAGGAUCCGAUAUUCCACUUUUUGAAGGGACUACACAAUUCUUGAUGGUACAGUAUAGUAACGAGUCGAUGUCGCUUCAAAGAAAGUUUUCUUCAUUUUUUAACUAUCCGCUCUGUGGGCACCAAGAGGGCAUUUUCCAUACUUGUCGUGGGUUCGACUAGCCUAGGGUGGUGAAGGAUGGGGCCUGACAUAUCUAGGAUAAAUCUUUGCGGUUGCUCGCCCGGAUUCGAUGAUCCCCAGAGCAGUCUGUCAAUCGCAAAAAUACUUUUAUAUGUAUGAACGAAAGGUGACAUUAAAGAUCUGCACUUUUAAAAUAUAAAAGCAUACAAAUAUUAAAAAUUGUAUAAAAUAUUUUUGAAGUUACGUGGCAUUUCUAUGUGCAGUUUGGGGCACAGUAAUAUGCGCGCACCAUUGAGAACCAUUGAUCCACCAAUGGAGAUGACGUCGAUUAAAGGAUAUGAUUGUAAUUCGUAUUUUUUCAUAAGUCAGCGAUCAUUUAUAAAGUAAAUCGUACAUCGAAAUUUAUACAUUCCAAACAACAAUUUCAAUUAUAGAGAAUUUAUCUGAAUAAAUUAUUUAUAUGCAAUGAUGUCACUUUGGAAUAAUCUAUUUAUGAAAUUUUCAAGCAUUUAAAAAUGCAAAGAGAAAUCAUCGAAUAAAACAAAAUUUAAAUCAUAGAAAGGGAUAAUUUAAACUCAAAUUCUAUCUCAAAUAUAAUUCAUUUCAUUAAAAUGGCAGAGUUUCUAACUACAACGUAACAAUAAGUCAGCUAUUUAUGCUAAGAUGUCGAUCGGUAUAUGUAAGAUAGCUUUAUGCAAAUAAUGUAAGUGAAGAGUGUAGAAACUCCAAUACACAAUGAUUAAUAUGGCUAGACGAGAAAGCGAAAAGCUUUAUUUGUGCAAGAAUUAAAUCCUGACGAUGGUUAUGAGCCAAAGCUCGCCAGUUGGCAACUUCCAAUGUUUCUUCGUUAGAGCAUGUAAUGUAUUUAUAAGUAUAAAUUUGAACAUAAAGGUA